AACAAAUGUUUGUUCUUCAGUUGUAAACUAACGAUACAAGAGCAAGGACAUUCAUCACCAGCCAAAACCAUGUCCACCGUAAAAAAAGUAACCUCCUUCAAGCUCGCCUCUCUCCUCCGCCGCGAGAACGAUCCCUCCGCCGCCAUCAAGCUUUUCCGAAACCCUGAUCCAGAAUCAACAAACCCACAAAAACCCUUCAGAUACUCGCUUCUCUGCUACGAUCUCAUCAUCACGAAACUCGGCAGUUCCAAAAUGUUCGACGAGCUAGACCAGAUCCUCCUCCAGCUCAAGUCCGAUACUCGCAUCGUCCCAACCGAGAUCAUAUUCUGCAACGUGGUCAAAUACUUUGCCCGCGGAAGAUUACCAACACGUGCCCUCCAUGUGUUCGACGAAAUGCCUCAGUACCGAUGCCAAAGAACUAUAAAAUCCUUCAACUCUCUGUUGAACGCGCUCUUAAAGUGCGGAGCUUUCGAUGAAAUGAAGAAAGUCCUCACGAGGGUUGAUGAGUACGGUGAGCCAGACGCUUGUACUUACAAUAUACUGAUCAAUGGAUUCUCUCAGAGCGGGCGUUUCGAUGAGGCCCUGAAGCUAUUCGAUGAAAUGGUCAAGAAGAAGGUGAAACCCACCGGUGUAACCUUUGGAACGAUCAUUCGUAUGUUGUGUAAUGAUUUGAAAGUGAAUGAAGCGUUGAAGAUGAAGCACGAUAUGCUAAAAGUGUAUGGAGUGUUUCCCACGGUACACAUCUAUGCAUCGUUGAUCAAAGCGUUGUGUCAAGUUGGUGAAUUGGGUUUGGCGUUUAAGCUAAAGGAUGAGGUUAAAGCAGACUCAGCUAUCUACUCUACGUUGAUCAACUCGCUUAUAAAAGCUGGAAGGUCAGACGAGGUGUCAGGGAUUCUGGAAGAGAUGAGAGAAAAGGGAUGCGAACCGGAUACAGUUACUUACAAUGUACUGAUUAAUGGGUUUUGUCUUGAGAAUGAUUUCGAAUCAGCUUAUAAAGUUUUGGAUGAUAUGGUUGAGAAGGGUUUGAAACCGGAUGUUAUAAGCUACAACAUGAUACUUGGUGCCUUGUUUAGAAUCCAAAACUGGAAAGAAGGAGCUUACUUGUUUGAAGAUAUGCCCAGAAGAGGAUGCGUCCCUGAUGUCUUAUCUUACAGGAUAGUUUUCGAUGGGCUUUGUGAAGGUUUAAAGUUCGAAGAAGCAGCGGUUAUCUUGGAUGAAAUGAUGUUCAAAGGCUACAAGCCGAGGAGGGAUAGGCUAGAGAGGUUUCUGCAAAGGCUAUGUGAGAGUGAAAAGAUGGAGAUUCUUGGUGAUGUUAUCAGUAGCUUGAAUAAAGGGAAUGCUUAUGAUGCUGACUUUUGGUCGGUUACUGUGCCUGAAGUGUGCAAAGAACCUGUUCUAUCAGAUUCUAUUGAUUUGUUGUUGUUGAACAAACUGAAGGAAGAGUGUCCUUAAAGGUGUUGGA